GCAGGUGGGUGGUGGCCGAGCUUUCCCGAACUCUCGUCCUGCCUCCUUCUUGGCGCGUCCCCAACGCGUCGCCAUGGCGACCCAGCGGCCCUUGCCCGCCUGUGGCGACGCCGCUUGCCUGGUAGCUUCUGCGGACCCGGCGGCGGCGGCGGCGACAGUCGGAGCUCAUGGAGGUUUCGGUUAACCACGUCUCCAAGACCAAGGAGCGGUCGUGCCUGGGCCGCUGCAAGCAUUUCUUUUGGCUGGGCGUCACCUUCGACACGGUGGGCGCGGCCACGCUGUUCACCGGGGUCUUCUCCCGUUUGCACUACUAUGACAUAUUCCUCUACCUGGGUGCCAGCAUGAUCUUCCUCAGCCUCCUCUGGUGGACUUUCUGGUACAGCGGUAACAUCGAACUGUCUUCUGAAGAGGCCUUGAACAGCCCCUACCGCCUGCCUUCCGCAUCCACGCUGGAAGUCCUGAGCCAGACCAUCAACAACCGCUUCACUUUCACCAUAGGCAGCGUUUCCAACACCUUUAUGCGGAUGCGGCGGCGGCGGCGGCGGCGGCUACGCCAGAGGUUCCUGGAAGGGCAGACAUCUCUGGAUAUGACCGUCACGGGCCAGGUCGAAAACCAGCUAGACCAAGACAAAGACCGGGAGGAAGGGGCCGCGGAGAAGGGCGAGGCUCAGGACUUUUGCAGCAAGGAUCUCCCCAAACCCGAAGCUAUCAAAAGUUUUAAGGAAGCUUGCUCCCAGGUGCCCGAUGCUGGUGACCUGGGCCGUGAGGCUAGUCUCCCAAAGUUCGUUAAGGGACCGUCGACCAGUCUGGUGCAGCCAUUCACACCAUCUCCUCUGGACCAGCCUCCAACUCCAGUCAUUCUGACUUCUAAGAGCCUGCCCGUAGUCUCCUUGGCUUCUAUGAGCCAAACUGCCCCUAUUCUGACUUCAAAGAGCCAGCCUGUAGUUGCCUUGGCCUCUACGAGCCAGCCCCUUGCAGUGACUCUUGUCUCUAUGAGCCAACUUGCAGCCCCUUUGGCCUCUGCUAGCCAGCCUCCACCUCUCCUGACUUCUAAGAGCCAGUCUGUAGUUUCCUUAGCUGUAGUUUCCUCUACAAGCCAGCCCCCUGCAGUCACUCUUGCUUCUACAAGACAGCCUGCUGUCCCCCUGACUUCUACUACUCAGCCUCAGGUGGUCUUUGCCUCUAAGAGCCUGCCUGUUGUCUCCUUGUCCUUUGCAAGUCAGCCUCUGACCAUACGUACCUCUCAGAACUACCCCCUGAUGCCUGUGACCUCUCAGAGCCAGCUCCCGGUGCCUGUGGCCUCUGAGGGCCACCCCCUGGUACCUGUGGCUUCUGAGGGCCACCCCCUGGUACCUGUGGCUUCUGAGGGCCACCCCCUGGUGCCCAGGGUCUCUCAGAGUUACCCCCUGGUGCCUAGGACCUCUCCGGGCCAGCCCCUGGUACCUAGGGUCUCUCAGAGCUACCCCCUGGUGCUUCCGGCCUCUCAGAACCAGCUCCCGGUGCCUGUGGCCUCUGAGGGCCACCCCCUGGCGCCUGUGGCCCCUGAGGGCCACCCCCUGGCGCCUGUGGCCCCUGAGGGCCACCCCCUGGCGCCUGUGGCCCCUGAGGGCCACCCCCUGGCGCCUGUGGCCUCUGAGGGCCACCCCCUGGCGCCUGUGGCCCCUGAGGGCCACCCCCUGGUACCUGUGGCCUCUGAGGGCCACCCCCUGGUGCCUGUGACCUCUCAGCGUCAGCUUCAGAAUCUUUUGGAGGUCUGUCAAACUGGACCACCACCUCUUCAGGCCUCCCAGUCGCCGAGUCUGUCCACCAUCUCUCUGCUCCAGGUUCUGCCCACCGAGUCUUUGCAGACCCAGCCUAUGGACCUUCAGGUGGCCCAGGCUGUUCUGGAGCUUCAGACCAUGUAUCACACCCAGCGGGCCUCCCAGAGCACCUCUUUAGUCCAGGAAAUUAGACCAAGCCAGCCUCCAUCUGCCCAGGAGUUUCACACAGAGCCAGUUGCUCUUGAGACCCCGCCACCAGCGGACCAGGAGCUAAGUCAGGACCGUCCUGAUGCUGCGGCCCUGUCUCCUCAGUCUCCAGCUCCAGCUGCUCAAGCCCAGCAGUCAGAGCCCUCCGGGCUGGUCCCCACCCUGGCCCAGGAGAGGAAGAGUCGCUCCAUCUAGCACAGAAGCAGACCCCAGCUCCCUGAGUGGCCCUCAGGCUUCCGCCAAAACCCACCAGUAUUCCUCCAGAUUUCAACACCAAGUUUGUAAAAGCACAAAUACUUACCUUCACCUCAUUUUGGAAACCUCCAGCUGGAGUCCUGACCUAUCUCAGACCAGCAAACGUAACCAGACUGCCUCUGCCAAGUAUACGUUUCAGGGUUGGGGAGAAUGUUCCAGCCUCAGAUAAUAAAGACAUUAUCAGAAUUUUAAGCCAUAAUAAACUGUGCCAAUGAACAGUUUGUUGAACAGCCCAAAUGAACUUUGUUUUAAAAUAAGUUAGUUUUUAAAAUAGAUUUCUCUUGUGAAAGCAUUCCAGCAUUCUAAGUGGAAAAUAAUGUCACACACUUUGGGUAAAGAUAUAAGGACAAAUCCCACAGAAAUGGACAUUGAAAAAUGUGGCUUCUUUUUUAAGGAUACUGUAUGGCCUCAUCAAGCUAUCAGAAAGAUUAGUACAAUCAAUGUAUUACAAUUUGUAUGUUCAUUUGUUUUAAAUAGCAGGAGUUUCCCUUUUUCCCAAGGAUUUAAAACUGCUGAUUUGAUUGCAUAUAUUAAUGAUAACUUCCAGAUGUUCAAGCUGGUUUUAGAAAAGGCAAAGGAACCAGACCCCAAAUUGCCAAUAUCUGUUGGAUCAUCAAAAAAGCAAGAGUUCCAGAAAAAUAUCUAUUUCUAUUUUAUUGACUAUGCCAAAGCCUUUGACUGUGUGGAUCACAAUAAACUGGAAAAUUCUGAAAGAGAUGGGAAUACCAGACUACCUGACCUGCCUCUUGAGAAACCUGUAUGCAGGUCAGGAAGCAACAGUUAGAACUGGACAUGGAAUGACAGACUGGUUCCAAAUAGGAAAAAGAGUAUGUCAAGGCUGUAUAUUGUCACUCUGCUUAUUUAAUUUAUAUGCAGAGUACAUCAUGAGUAACGCUGGGCUGGAAAAAGCACAAGCUGGAAUCAAGAUUGCUGGGAGAAAUAUCAAUAACCUCAGAUAUGCAGAUAACACCACACUUAUGGCAGAAAGUGAAGAAGAACUAAAGAGACUGUUGAUGAAAGUGAAAGAGGAGAGGGAAAAAGUUGGCUUAAAGCUCAACAUUCAGAAAACUAAGAUCAUGGCAUCUGGUCCCAUCUCUUCAUGGCAGAUAGAUGUGGAAACAGUGGCUGACUUUAUUUUUCUGGGUUCCAAAAUCACUGCAGAUGGUGAUUGCAGCCAUGAAAUUAAAAGAUACUCCUUGGAAGGAAAGUUAUGACCAACCUAGACAGCAUAUUAAAAAUCAGAGACUUUGACAACAAAGGUCCGUCUAGUCAAGGCUAUGGUUUUUCCAGUAGACAUGUAUGGAUGUGAGAGUUGGACUAUAAAGAAAGCUGAGCACCGAAGAAUUGAUGCUUUUGAACUGUGAUGUUGGAGAAGACUCUUGAGAGUCCCUUGGACUGCAAGGAGAUCCAACCAGUCCAUCCUAAAGGAAAUGAGUCCUGAAUACUCAUUAGAAGGACUGAUGCUGAAGCUGAAACUCCAAUACUUUGGCCACCUGAUGCGAAGAGCUGACUCAUUUGAAAAGACCCUGAUGUUGGGAACGAUUGAGGGCAGGAGGAGAAGGGGAUGACAGAGGAUGAGAUGGUUGGAUGGCAUCACUGACUCAAUGGACAUGGGUUUGGGUGGACUCCGGGAGUUGGUGAUGGACAGGGAGGCCUGGCAUGCUGCAGUUGCUGGGGUCGCAAAGAGUCGGACACAACUGAGUGACUGAACUGAACUGAUUAAUGAUAAUUAAAAUUCAUGUGGGACUGUUCUCCUUUUAUGUUCUUUGUAUCAUUGGAUUAUUUAUGCAAGAAUGCUCUAAUAUAGGGAUAAUUUCUUUUUUUAGAUUUCCAAUUACAAGCAAAAGUAUGUGGCAUGGUAUGUUUUAUCAACCCUUCCAAAAGUGUUAGUUGUUUUUAUAUUUCUUCCCAUUUUCUGUCCCAUGCUUCAGUAUUUUUGUGUUCAGAAUUUUUAAAAAUUAACUCAAGCUGGAAGCCUUUAUGCAUGGCAGAUAACUUGGAAAAAAGAAUAAUGGCAGGACAUUAUGCUAAGUGAAGUAAGCCAGUUACAACAAGACAUAUGCUGUGUGAAUCCACCUAUAUAAGGUUUCUCAUGUCAGAAAAUCAAACUCACAGAGACAGAAAGAAGAGUGAUGGUUUCCAGAGUCUGGGGAUAGUGGGGGGGGGGGGGUGGGAUGGGCAGUUGUUUAACGGGUACAGAAUUUCAGAUGAAAAGGGUUAUGGAGAUCGGUUGUACAACAGUGUGAAUGUACUUAACACUACUGAACUGUACAUUUGAGAAUGGUUUAAGAUGGUAAAUUUUAUGUGUGCAUGCCUGCGUGCUAAGUUGCUUCAGUCGUAUCCAACUCUUUGCAACCCCAUGGACUGUAGCCCACCAGGCUUCUCUUUCCAUGGGAUUCUCCAGGCAGGAAUACUGGAGUGGGCUGCCAUGCCUUCCUCUAGGGGAUCUUUCUGACUCAGGGAUAGAACCCGUGUCUCUUAACGUCUCCUGCAUUGGCAGGCAGGUUCUUUACCACUAGUACCACCAAAACUUUGUGUAUUUGACCACAAUCCAAAAAGAAUAAUUGGAUUAAACCAGCAAUUUAUAAACCAUUUAAUAUACAUAGAUUUAUUUUUAAGUAAUAAAUAUAUGCAACAGCUGAGCUUCUGUAUAUAAAAUUAUGCACCAGGUAAGCGCAGGUGUUUUGUUGUUGCUGUUUUUAAUUUUAUUGUUUAUUUAUUUGGCUGUACCAGGUCUUAGUUGCAACAUGUGGAAUCUAGUUCCUUGACCAAGUAUCGAACCCAGGCCCCCUGCAUUGGGAGUAUGGAAUCUUAGCCACUGGACCACCAGGGAAGUCUCAGCAGAGUUGUUUUAAGAAUUCAAGAGCUAUAGUUAGGAAUUCAGAGAAAAAUCAACUUUAAUGUAGUGCAGAAUAAGGGACCAAGUAAGUGCAAAGGACAUUCUUGGAGGGCAGAGUGUGUGUACAUACACACAUUUCAGGAACCUGCAGAAGAGCCUUUUAUCUUGCAGAGGCUAAUCAAUACUAGUAUGAUUGGAUUUUAUCUUGGGUAAAUAGAGUUGGUUCUUAAGAAUUGUGAUUAGUGAGCCUCAAGCGCCACCAAUGCUGAGAAGCAGAUAGUCACCUUGAAGGAAAAAUAGAAACAACUUUACAACCAUCUUAGUAAAUACAGGUACUUGGGUAUUUUACAAACACUGGGUCCCCAAGUGACUGGCUGCCUAGAGCAGAGCUGCACCCCUAGCCAGGACUCCGCACAGGCCUUGACAUGAAGAAGAAACAAAUCUUACUAAAAACAUACAUGUAUGAAUCAAUCAGUAAACAUACAAUAAAGUGAAAACACUAGACUCUUCUGGUUUAUCUUACCCUCAGUUUAAAAGAAGUAUUUUUAUACUACUCAGCCAUUAAAGAAUAAAAUGUUGCCAUUUGAACAACAUGGAUGGACUUGGAGGGCAUUAUGCUAAGUGAAAUAAGUCAGAGAAAAACAAAUGCUGUAUAUCAGCUGUAUGUAGAAUCUAAACAAACACAACAAACUAGUGAGUAUAACAAAAAAGAAACAGACUCAGAUACAGAGAACAAGCUAGCGGGUACCAGUGGGGAGAGGCGAGACAAGGUGUGGUGGAGCGAGAGAUACAAACUAUUAUGUGUAAAAUAGGCCACAAGGCUAUAUUGUGCAGCACAAGGAAUACAGCCAAUAUUUUAUAACAGCUCUAGAUGGAGUAUAACCUUAACUAGUAUCACCAUGUUGUACACUUAUAACAUAAUAUCAUACAUCAACUAGACUUCAAUUUUUAAAAAGUGACAUAGAAAUAAAAAGUUUCAUAGGAUGAACAAGUUUUUAAAGUUUAAAUCUUUGACUAGGUAAUGUAAUUCCAUAUUGCAAAAUCCAAAAAGCAUAAAAUAGCACAUAUUAAAGCCUCCCUUCAACCUUCAGAACAUUGCUACUGAUAGACAUCAAAAAUGUUAUUAGGGGCUUCCCUGGUGGACCAGUGGUUAAGAAUCUGCCUGCCAGUGCAGGGGAGACGAGUUCGAUCCCUGGUCCAGGAAGAUCCCAAAUGCCGCAGAGCAACUAAGCCCAUGCCACAACUCCUGAAGUCCUCACUCCCUAGGUCCAGUGCUCUGCAACAAGAGGAAUUGCUGCAAUGAGAAACCUGAGCACUGCAGCUAGAGAAAGCCAGUGCAGCAUCAAUGAACCCAGUGCAUCCAAUAAAUACGUAAUUCAAACACAUAAUUUAAAUACAUACUUUAUACAUACAUAAUUAUAAACAAUUUAAAUACACAAACAUAAUUUAGUAAAUAUUUUAAAUACAUAAUUUAAAAAUAAAUAUAUAAUUACAUAAAUACAUAAUGUUUAAAAAUGUUACUGAUUUCUUAUAAACCCUUUCAUUCAAGCAUAUAUAUAAUGCAUUCAUUGUAUAUAUAUCAUUUAUAAACAUAAAGUGCUUAUACAUUCUAGUGUUUCUUUACAUGCUUUUUAAAACUUAAUAUGUAUCUCAGAGAUCUUUCUAUUUUGGGUGUUAAAGAGCUUCCUUUUUUUUUUUAUGAACACAGUAUUCCAUUGAAUAGAUGUAUUAUAAUUUCACUUGCUUCCUAUUGAUGGACAUUUUGGUUGUUUCCAUUUUAAUAAAUAUUUAAAAGCAAUAAUAAAUUUGGACCUAAUAAAUACAUAUUGCCCAAUCAGCCACUAGUGAUUGAGCAUUGACUUUAACAAUUCCAAAGGCUGUUUAGUCCAUUCCCUGCCCCCAAAUAAACAAGUGAAAAUCGUAAGUGAUCUGCCUAUACCUAGUUAGUGGCAGAGACUGAACUAAAAUCUGACAGCCCUGAGUAUGAGUCCUCCUUCUAGCAAAUCAGUAUAAUUAUUUCAUUGUGUUGUAGUUUCCUUAAAAAAUACAUUAUCUCAGAGAUUUGAAUUUGAGCUCAGAAAGGACAAUGAAUCUUUUUACUUUAUUACCCAAACAUUUUAAUUUUUUUAAGGAUGGAGUACAGGAACAUGGUUAGCAAAGAAAAAGGGAAAUAGUACUAAAAGCUAUACAGUGAAAAGUAAAUCUUCCUUCAGCUUUUGAAUCCCACCCCCCCUGCUCCCCAAUCCUUAAUGGCCCUUUUCCAGAAGCAAACAUUGUUUUUAGUGUCUGGAACAUCUAUCCAGAGAGUCUGUGCAAAACCCAGCAUAUAUUUUUAUACAAGUCUGUGCUUUUUUCAAAAGUGACUAGCAGGAUACCAUGAAUCUUUUUCAGUACCUUCCCUUUAUCUGUCCCCCUUCCCUUUUAAAGUUUCUCUCAAGUUAACAAAAGUAUAUAUAAUCAAAGCUAUGGUUUUUCCAGUAGUCAUGUACAGGUGUGAGAGUUGGACCAUAAAGAAGCCUGAGCACUGAGGAACUGAUGCUUUUGAAUUGUGGUGCUAGAAAAGACUUGAGAGUCCCUUGGACAGCAAGGAGAUCAAACCAGUUAAUCCUAAAGGAAAUCAACCCUGAAUAUUCAUUGGAAGGACUGAUGCUGAAGCUCCAAUACUUUGGCCACCUGAUGUGAAGAGCUAACUCAUUGGAAAAGACCCUGAUACUGAGAAAGAUUGAAGGCAAAAGGAGAAAGGGGUGGCAGAGGAUGAAAUGAUUAGGUAGCAUCACUGACUCAACGGACAUAGGUUUGAGCAAACUCCGGAAUUAUUUUGGGUUCGUGGAUCCACCUUCUCCCCAGGAUUGCCAUCCUCCUCCAUAAACUGUCUUUCCUUUUACCUGACACUUGUCUUUUGGUAUUGGAUUCUUUAGCGAGGAGCAGGUGAACGUGAGUUCAGCAACAGUAUGGAGAAGUUUUUCCAGUACCAUUAUCAGAUUAUAUUAUGGUGAAAGUGAAAAUCGCUCAGUCGUGUCCAACUCUUUGCAACCCCAUGGAUUGUCCAUGGAAUUCUCCAGACCAGAACACUGGAGUGGGUAGCCUUUCCCUUCUCCAGGGAAUCUUCCCAACCCAGGGAUCGAACCCAGGUCUCCUGCAUUGCAGGUGGAUUCUUUACUAGCUGAGCCACAAGGGAAGCCCUAUAUUAUGGUGAACUGCUACAAAUAAUACAUUACUUCUGAAAUGUAACAUCCACUCAGCUUAGAUUUUUGUACUUUGUGUCUUGCAUUGCAAAAAGCUAACAUAUUUGAAUAUUAAGAAGGGAAAGGAACACAUAUUUGCAUUACAAAAGGGUUCCCAAUCAUUCAUUUAUUUCAAGAUUCCAAUUAUGACUGUUUUCUCAAUGGAUUCUCUUCUCAACCACCACCACCUUCCUCCAGAGGACUAUUACCGUAACCCUGGACUGUUGGACUCAAAUCCUAACUCAUAUCCCCUAUUCUUCUCUCGCCAUGGGGUCUUGCACACACUUUUCUCCUUGGUUUAAAAGCGCUAUCCCCACAUAGCCUGUUGACCCUUUCACCCUUAGUGGUUUUUAAAUUUUUGAUUCAAUAAUCACUUUCUCAGGGAAACAGAUGUAAAUUAUGCACUUUAUAGAACCCAGCAACAAGUACCAUGUUACCUCCUUUAAAGGACUUAAUAGAUUUGUACUUGUGUGCUAAAUCACUUCAGCCCGGUCCGACUCUUUGUGAUCCCAUGUACUGUGGCCCACCAGGUUUCUCUGUCCAUGGGAUUUUCCAGGCAAAAAUACUGGAGUGGGUUGGAGAUCUUCCUGGCCCAGGGAUGGAGCCCACGUCUUCCAAAGAAUAUUAAAGGCAGAAAUGGAAACUGUA